AUGGAUCUUAUUCCCCAAACGUUGUACAUGGGAAGUAAUAACAGCUACUGGCCCGAUAUCGACGAUGCACUUCGCUCAGCGGCUUUCCGAGGUGUAGAUGUGAAGCUUCUUGUCAGCCAAUGGAGUCACUCUCGUCCUGCCGAGCUGGCCUUUCUCAGAAGCCUAGUCGCCAUCAACGAUGGGCUCCCGAAGACAUUACGGGGCAAAGGAAGUAUCACAGUGAAUUUAUUCAUUGUACCAUCGACGGAGGAGCAAAACAAAAAAAUACCGUUGCACGUGCUAACCAAACAGUAUAUGGUCACCGAUCGGGCAGCGGAUUAUGUUGGAACGUCCAAUUGGGCUGGUGACUAUUUCAUCUCGACCGCAGGUGUAGGUGUCGUCAUGUCUAAUCAUGAAGGAAAGGGUGUUGUUCAGCAACUACAGGCGAUUUUUGAUAGAGACUGGAAUUCACCCUAUGCAGCUGUUCUUUGA